AGCCAAGUCACGUGACCGAAGGCGGAAGUGGAGCGGCGAGGGACGUCACUUGAAGACGGAGACGAGUUGAACGGGAAACAACACACAAAAAUCACUCAACAACACGCGCAACGUGCGUCCGUGCAACUUACGCGAGACGCCCACGUAGUGAUGGCCAGAUUGUCAUAGGGAGUGUUCACCUCACUCCUGGGAUCAUGGCUGAUGCCGCCGCAACGAAGAAGAGGUCUACCAAGGCGGGAGGCGUUCGCUUCUCGGAGAAAGCCCCGGUGUCCGGUGCCCAGGGGGGCGGUGCCCAGGGGUCCGCCGCCCGGGCGGCCGCCACCCAGCCGCCCGGCGCCCCGUCUCACGUCCACUUUGACGACAAGCUGCACGACUCGGUCAUCAUGGUCACGGCGGAGGAUGACGGCAGCUUCUUGGUCAAGUUGGGCUUCCUGAAGGCGCAGCACCGCUACGAAAUCGCCUUCACCCUGCCCGAGGUGCCGGCUCUCGGCAAGGAGGUGUGUCUGGCGCCCAGGCCGAGCCCCCAUCUGCGGGUCAUCGACGUCUCGCCUGCUCCCGAAGGUGGUCUGAAAAUGAUGUGCGAGUACAUGGCUCAACAGGAGGGGGUGCUGUGUGAGCAGGUGCAGCUGCUGAGCGAGGCCAACGACGACGUCUGCAUCACGGUCAAAGUUCACGCCAGAGUCAUGGACCGCCAUCACGGCACGCCCAUGCUGCUGGAGGGCAUUCGCUGCAUCGGCGUGGAGCUGGAGUACGACUCGGAGCAAAGCGACUGGCAAGGCUUCGACUGACUCUCCUUAUUGCGAGACCCAUGCGACCCGAACUUGUGAGCAUCACUUCAUCAGCAAAAAAAAAAAAGACACUUAUCAGGCGGCUUUGCUAAUGCUAACGCUACCGCCGCAGCACUCCUUGCUAUUAGGCUAGUGCUUUGGCCGCCACUUGAAAGUGUCUCUUUUGCUCCGGAUCUUCCUCCAGUUUCGCUGCGUUUUGUAAAUUGAUCCAAACAUGAUAAAAACUGGGCCGGUUGCAAAAUAAGACAUGGCAAGAUGUGCGGGACUCAAAUGUUUGUUUACAAGCCAUAAGUUCCCUUUAAAGGGUGAAAAGCUCACAUUAUUCUAGGAGGCCUACAAGUGCCUUCCUCCUCCUCCUCCUCCUCCUCCUCCUUCCUGUCGUCACACUUCCUGCCACGUCCUGGACGAGGAUGAGGAGAACCAAUCCUCGUGGACAUCAAUCGUCUUAUUUCUAGUUUUCUUACUGUCUUCAGCGUUAAGUGAAGAGUUCUUGUUUCGUGAAUGUCCAACUUGUCAUUUUUGUCUCGAAUAAAUUGAAGCGUUUCUAUGUGA